AUGAAUGAAAGUCAAGUGGAUUUCGAUCUUUGCAGAUGUCGUGCGCAAGAGCUUCAUCCACUACAGAACAUUCAAGUACCGCAACACCAACAAGCGGCGGUCGCGGCAACUUCAACGGAAACCUCAAUUAUGGCAGUGGUCACGGAAACGGUUACGGCAACGGAUUAA